AUGGAGACAUUGAUCGGUCAAAAGGUGCACCACUUCCUCCGCAGAGGUAUCUUCUUCUCUCAUCGCGAUCUUCACCUCAUAUUAAAACGAUAUGAGGAGAAGAAGCCGUUCUUCCUCUACACGGGAAGGGGUCCGUCGUCUUCAGCCCUGCAUUUAGGACAUCUCAUACCCUUCUUCUUCACGCGUUGGCUUCAGGAGGCCUUCAAUGUCCCGCUCAUCAUACAGAUGACUGACGACGAGAAGUAUUUGUGGAAAGACCUGACGAUUGAAAAGACCAAAGAGUUGACCAAAGAAAACAUCAAAGACAUCAUUGCUAUGGGUUUUGAUGUGAACAAGACUUUUAUAUUUUCCGAUUUGUCUUUCAUUGGAAAGUGUCCCGAGUUUUACGAGAAUAUAAUACGAGUGCAGAGAAGCGUGACUUUCAAUCAAGUGAAGGGUAUAUUUGGUUUCGGCGACAGUGACUGUAUCGGCAAAAUCAGUUUCCCCGCCAUUCAGGCGGCGCCCUCUUUCAGCUCAUCGUUUCCUUUCAUAUUUAACGGCAAGAAAGACAUACCGGCGCUCAUUCCGUGCGCUAUAGAUCAGGACCCGUACUUCCGGAUGACGCGAGACGUGGCGCCGAGACUAUCCCUUCCCAAACCGGCUCUCUUGCACUCGUCGUUCCUGCCGGCGCUGACCGGCGCCCAGACGAAGAUGAGUGCCUCCGAUCCCAACAACUCUAUAUUCCUGACGGACACUCCCAACCAAAUCAAGAAUAAAAUCAACCGAUACGCCUUCUCUGGGGGCGGCGCCACCAUUGACGAGCACCGGGCGAACGGCGGCAACUGUGAUAUCGAUAUAGCGUUUCAAUACAUGAAUUUCUUUUUGGAAGACGACAACCGUUUGGAGCAAAUCAGGAGUGAAUACAGUAGUGGACAGCUGUUGACUGGAGAUCUCAAGAAGGAGUUGAUUGGUAUUCUGCAGACAAUUGUGGCACAGCAUCAGGAAAGGCGUAAAGCAGUUACUGAUGAAGUGGUCGAACAGUUCAUGUCUUUAAGAAAACUCAAUCUUUAA